AUGCAGUUCUUCAAGUACGCUCUCGCCGCCCUCCCGGUCGCCACCGCCCUCGCCGUCCCGGCCGCCCCCGUCGUUGGCAGUGUCGUCUCGACUGCCGGCAGCGCCGUCCCCGCCGUCGGCGGCGCCGUCACCAGCGUCACCGUCACCGUGACUCAGCUCAAGACCAUCCAGAAGACCCUGACCGUCGCCGGCGGCGUCCUGCCCCUCGUCGACGCCGAGGUCACCCUCGUCCAGGGCCUUGCUGGCGUCGUCGUCAACAACGUUGUCGGCGAGCAGGUCGUCCCUCUCGUCAAGGUCACCCUUGGCAACGUCGUCGCCCAGGUCAAGAGCGUCCUCGACAUCGUCCUGCCCCUCGUCACCGAGGAGGUCGUCCCCCUCGUCGGCGCCGAGCUCAAGGUCGUCAUCGACCUCGUCAACACCGUCCUCAGCCUUGUUGGCAACAUCGAGGCCAUUGUCGUUGGUGUCGUCCAGAACCUUGUCGGCAGCGUCGUCGGCCUCGUCGUUGACGAGCUCAAGGCUGUUCUCGAGCUCAUCGAGCCCCUCGUCAAGCCCAUCCUCACCGUCGCCCUUGGCGUUGUUGGCAACACUGUCGGCCCCGUCGUCGAUGAGCUCAAGGACCUCAUCGUCAAGCUCGAGGCUGUCCCCACCAGCGUCGUCGCUCCUCUCCAGGCCACCAUUGCCAACCUCUAA